UGAAGGAAAGGUUUUAAAGUCAAGACUGAUUUGAUGGAAGAGGCCGUACCGCAGCCAGGCUAUGGCCUGUUAUGGUGUGAUGGUGCGGCGUUUUGGCGGAAUAUGGUUGGUCGAGCGGCGGAGGGGAUGCGUGUCACGUGAGUGAGGCAAAGUUUCUGUCGCAAGCUUGCGGCAUGAAAAUGGGCCUGCUCAAGGGUGCCUGGCAGCCACGGCGGACUUUGUCGUUCCAUUUUCUCUACCCUCUACCCGCAAUAUCGGAAACAAUAUCUCGAACAUGUCCCUCCAAAUAUCGUCGCAUCCCGUGCCCCUUACCAUUUGCCGUGAGCAUGUGGGCUCGAAGGAAGUUCCCGCUUUGAAAGAUGAAAGCUCGGGGACGUCGUUCUUUCUUCUGAAGGACGUGUGUGGUGCUCUAGGCGUGGCCUAUGGCCGAGUUCGAGGCAUCCUGCACAGAAGGAAAGCCGAAGUGUCUACGUUAGUGCUGAGCGGGGCAGAGCUGAAGGAGUUCAAAGCGACCUCGGCGUACGCCAUGACAGCAUCCCACCUAUGCUUCGUGGAGGAAGGAGGAUUGAGCGGCAUUCUUCAAGGGAUGGGGCAUCAUCAGAACGGGAGUCCUUUAAAGCAAACAGCGGAGACUAGGGCAGAACUGGAGAGCGAAAACGACCGGGUUGAGCCAGACGUCAGCGAGCUGGUGGUUGCUCAACAGGGCUCGCCCUCAACGGCUGAGGAAGACCGGUCGACGCCCGAAACGGACGAUGUACCGCUUGGUCUGCAGUUCCGGAGCCUCAGCCCGCCCCUCACACCGCAAAGUCAGCGACUAAGCCCAUUGAUGUCCAGGGCGAACCCGGGCACUUCCGAUUCCGAAGUGAUUGAUCACGCCCCUAUCCCCCGCUUGCUUGCUACGCCGCCAACACCGGGUAAUCCGCAGCGGACUCCAGUGCCUGUCAUACCCGAGUCCAAUAUCCGGCCCAGCGGUAGUCAUGCGGGGAUCGGAUCGUCAUCCGAGGGUGCGGCAGGUCAUCAACGUGGAGUUAUGCCAGAUGUGGACAACGAGGAUCUGAGCCGAGGGAUCAAGAGCGUUUUGCGUUUCAAGUGCUACACUUUACAAAGUUUCGAGAUGACGCCCCUAAAUCAUCUGGAGUUCCAUGGCCUACGCGCGUUCUUCAGCGUGCCAUACGAGCGCAGACGGGGGCAUGGUCGGCCUUGGAACAAACAGACCAUCGCAAAGUCCCGCGAGAGGAUAUGCGGCUUCUUGGGCUGGUUGAAGGAAUCUGGACGGUCUCGAACUCCUUCGUUCGAGCAUUUCGAGGAUGUUGACUGGUUCCUGAUCAAAUACGUCGACGGUUAUCUCAGCCGCAUUAGAGGCCUGAGCCCGGGAAGCCUGGCAAACCACAUAACCUCGGCCAUAGAUGUGCUGAGAUACCGCUUAGCCGAAAACGAGGAUCCAAGCAACAGGACGGCGGCCGCAGACCCUAACACCGCGAGGCUCAUGCGCGCACGCAAUAGAAACCAGACUCUGGCCGAGCGGGACAGGAACGACAAGGACUCUCAAACCCCUGGGGUGAUCAUAUGGGAACAGUUCUUAGAAGCGGUACAUCAGGAACGGCUGGCUCUGAAAACCCUCUGGGGCACCUCGCCUAUGCCGGACAUCAGCAGAGAAUUGGCCAUCGAAGUGCAAAAGUACGUGGCACUGACUUUCUACGCUUGCAUGCCUCCGGCCAGAUCCAAAGAAGUCCGGCUACUUCUCGGCCGCCUCUUAUCGGAGAGGGAGAGCAGAGACUCGCUUCUGAACCACAUCAGCACCUCCCAUGGACGUCAUGUCGCGGUCAUCAGUGAUUACAAGAAUAGUCUCUCCAACGGACAGCAAGACAGGAUCGAACUUCCAAACGACGAGGAGGUCCUCAUCAAGUAUCUUUUGUGGCUGAUGGACCCAAGGGUCUGGGAGAUUGUCACGGGGGGAAAACCUCACGGGUUCCUGUUCUGCAAGCGGAAUGGGGACUCCUUUGAGGAUGCACGUGAUUGGACUGCCUAUAUAUCCGGCAUCGUCGAGCAGCGCUCUGGCAUAUCGAACAUCGGCCCCAACGCAUUGCGGCAUGCGUUUGCCACGUUCAUCGAAUCAUCAGACGGGGAGGAUCAACAGCGUUUGAGAGAAUCGGCUAGCAGCGCGAUGCGGCACACUGUCAGGAUGCAACAAUCGGUGUACAACAACGUCUGAUCGUUGGGUUGGAAACAAAAGGCUGUGGAGUUU